CAGGAACAUCCGCACUACGACUUCUUUCAACUGCUGACAAGUGGCUAGCGCUAAUGUUUGCUAACUAUUCAAGCUAGGUAAGCAUGUUCCGUUUUAACAUGUCCGAAUAUUCAGUCCCAACUGUCCUUAUGUUACAUGAUGGGAAAACACUUAGAAACAAAGCUGGUGUGUUGUCAUUUUCUUCCGAAACAAUUUGGGCCUUGUCUAGUCAGUCAGCAGCUGGCUAACCCAAAUUAGUUAGCUAGUGAGCUGCGAGCGGCGGCUAGCAGCUGUAGCUAUCAUUUAGCGGUGAUACCGUUUGUUUACGCUAGCUCUGCGACAGGAUCAUUGCUCAGUUUUAAUACACCCCUGUUUAUAGUGAAAGCGUUGUGUAUUUUGGGGUAGAUAUUACAUCGGCAGAUGUCACAUUGUGCUUGAUGCAAUAAAGCUACGGAAUCAAAAUACAGCGUACGUUCUUGUUAGCUAGCAUUGUGUACGUGUGGAGCCUAGACAGUUGGAAAACAAUAGAACACAUUUGGAUAUUGGCCUCAUUUUAAAUGUGUAAUAACAGGGGGAAACUGCUGUGAGCGCUGUUUUAUCGUAGAUUACAUCAUGAACAAAUUAGAUUUUUCGCUGUUUGUGCCAUUAGUAAACACCAGGCCUCAGAGAACACUGUGACUUCAACACUAAUCGGGCCUUCCGGUAGACUGCAGUAUUUCCUCUGGGCACCAGCAGUUCGUUUCGUUAUUUUUCUCUUUCGUCGUAUUCAAAUGUUCGUUUACAAUAGGAUUGAAAUAAGAUCUACUUGUAUUUAAAGAUUAUGCAGCAUUAUAUUGAUUUAAUGUCAAAAGCAUACAGUCACAGAUGUUAAACUUCAGUAAAUAUUGUACAAACAAACCAUUUGAGAUAAUGCAGGAGUAACUUAAGUAAAGUCACUGUUUCCUGUUUUUCAGUGUUUGUGUCUAAAUUAAAAUAAUUGCAUUCACAUGGUUUUUAAUAAUCCAAAUCCAAACCCAAGUCAUUUGUACCAAUUUAAGUAAGACUACAAGGAAACAAAGAUCAACAUGGAUGAGAUCUGGGUUUGUAUCUUUGUUUGGGCAUCUCUGUGUGGAGUUUACAUGUUCUCCUCGUGCGUGUGUGCGUGCUUGGGUGGGUUAUCUCCGGGUACUCCGGCUUCCUCCCACAUUUCAAAAACAUGCAUCCUAGGUUAAAUGGAGACUGUAAAUUGUGUGAAUUUGAGUGUGAAUGGUUGUUUGUCUGUAUGUACCCUGUGAUUGGCUGAUGACCAGUCCGCAGUGUACCCCGCCUCUUGCCCAAAGUCAGCUGAGUUAGGCUCCAGCAUACCCCCGCGACCCUAGUAGGACAAGCGGCAUAGAAAAUGGAUGGAUGGAUGUUGACUUGGCUGGAGUUGAUGUAGAUAACUGAAUAUAAGACAACCCUGACCAAUUUGUGGAAGACCGAAGUGAUAAUUGUUUAAAAUCAUGUUUCAAUAUCAGUGAAAUAACAAGUGGCAGUAGAUUACAAUAAAAAUGAUAUGUUUCUUAGUAGAUCGACCUUUACUAUUAUUUUAAAAUUGGCAUCUUAACACCGUCAAUGUUGUUUGCUAACUUGCCCAACCCUCGAGACGCUUCUUUUUUUUUCUGAGUGGUCUCUGUCACGGCUACAUCUCUCCGAGUCACUCUGUGUGCAUGUGCGAGAGUAAGUGAGUGAGUGACAGGAAGAAAUACGUUGACCCACUUGGAGAAGUCUUUUGGCAUCACCUGUUGGUUUGCAUUUACACCGAAUAUAAGACAACCUGUCUUAUUUAGGGUCAGUAAGAUAACAUCUCUCCCCAUUUAGGUGGUGUUUUGUGAGUAGGUGUGGGUGUGUGUCCCAGUGUGAAUUAUGGAACAGUGUGCAUGUGUGGAACGGGAGCUGGAGAAAGUGCUCCAUCACUUUGUCAUGUACGGCCACCAAUCUGAAGAGAGGCUGGACGAGCUCCUGCGCAGCGUCUGCGAGAUACGAGGACAGCUCGUCACUUUUGGAGUACAAGAUGGAGACUUAUCUGUCCUGUCUCAGACUAUGGCUCAGUGUUGUAAGAAUAUCAAAGAGACGGUGCAGGUGCUAGCCUCUCGACAUAAGGACAUUCACGGCAGUGUGUCCAAAGUGGGCAAAGCCAUCGACAGGAACUUUGAUGCAGAGAUUAGUGCUGUGGUUGCAGAGACGGUGUGGGACACCCCAGAGAGACAAAAACACCUCAGUGAAACCAUAGUGGAACACUUGUACAGACAAGGCAUGCUCAGUGUAGCAGAAGAUCUUUGUCAGGAAUCUGGUGUCGUUAUAGAUAUGAGCAUGAAGCAGCCUUUCCUGGAGCUCAACAGGAUCCUUGAAGCACUAAGGAUGCAGAACCUAAGGCCGGCACUUGAGUGGGCAGUGACGAACAGGCAGCGUCUUCUGGACCUCAACAGCAGUUUAGAGUUUAAAUUGCAUCGCUUGUACUUUAUCAGCCUGCUGAGCGGUGGCAUUAGCAACCAGAUGGAGGCGCUACAGUAUGCUAGGCACUUCCAGCCCUUCGCCUCUCAGCACCAGAGGGAUAUUCAGAUCCUGAUGGGCAGUCUGGUGUACCUGCGUCACGGCAUUGAGAACUCUCCGUACCGUACUUUGUUGGAAACCAAUCAAUGGGCGGAGAUUUGUAAUAUCUUCACCAGAGAUGCCUGUGCUUUACUGGGCCUCUCUGUAGAGUCUCCUCUAAGUGUUAGCUUUGCAUCAGGCUGCAUGGCCCUUCCUGUGCUGAUGAACAUCAAGCAGGUGAUCGAGCAGAGACAAUGCAGCGGCGUUUGGACGCACAAAGACGAGCUGCCUAUUGAAAUUGACCUUGGCAAGAAGUGCUGGUACCACUCGGUGUUCGCCUGCCCCAUCCUCAGACAACAAACCUCAGAGAGCAACCCCCCCAUGAAGCUCAUCUGUGGCCACGUCAUCUCCAGAGAUGCUCUCAACAAACUAACUAACGCUGGGAAGUUGAAGUGCCCGUACUGCCCCAUGGAGCAGAAUCCCUCACACGCCAAGCAGAUCUACUUUUGAUAGCGCACACCCCUUCUAUGAGAGAACGGAUUAAGUUCCCUGGAACGCCUUGCUUUUCCAGGGCCCCUUUACUCCGGCCCUCCUCCUCUUCCUCUUGUCCUUGGCCCAUGACCCGUUCUUGUAAGCAUUAAGGUUUUCUCUUCAGUGCUGAUGGGACAGCAAUGGCCACCCUGUACAAACCAGGGUCCAACUGCGACCUGCAGUGGAACGAGGAGUGCUAUGAGAAUGUCCUCACAAAGAAGUGACGCUGACUAAGAAUGAUUCAUUGAAACUUGUUUGCAAAUGAAAUCUAUAAUUAUUAUUUAUAGUGUUUGUUCUCUGGGCUUUGAGUAGUAUCUUACAAAAGACUGCUUUUGUUUUCUUUCUUUUUUUGGCAAAGCGGUUUGGUAAAUGAUGUGGACUGGCAAGUGGGUUUAUACAAAAGUCUAGAAAAAACUUUUCGAAGAAAUGUGCAGUAGAGCUUUACUGAACUAUUAUUUAGUGGAGCUGGUCAGAUCCAGUCACCAAUGAACGACGGAACAGCUUUUUUUAUUUCUUGUGUGACAAACUGCACCAGCAAGAUACUCCUCAUAGAAGCCAUUUGUCUUGUUCCACACGUGUAUUUAACAAACACAACAAAAAGAAAAUGUACGCUACUGUGAAAUGUGCUUUCUUUCCAUUCUUCAUCACGACAGCCCGACAGGCUGAUGUAAAAUAGCCAAGUGAACAUGUGUAAUCAACACUAGUGCAACACGACUAAAAGCCGGCCAAAUCAUGGCCUCACGCUGCCUGGUAUCCUAAUGCUUUUACGCCAUGUGACUUGGAGAUGUGAAGUGGUGUGAUGGUAGCGGUAUGGUCUGCGUUGCAGCGACUGUAGGCUUGUGAUUCAGCUUUACUCGUCGUGGGUGGGGAAGUUAGCUGAUUAUCGUGACCGUUGUUUAAUAUAUUCUUCUAAAAUGCCUCUGCUCCAUAGGUUUGGUUCAUCUUUUGUGACAGAAAUCAUACACCUGAACAUAUUUCCUCAGGGCUCAUCAACACAACACACAGGUAGUGUUAAUGAUAGGUAAGAAUAAACAGCUUAUUAUACAGACAGACAGCCAGGCAGGCAGGCUGAAUUCUUUGGGACACUCGCACAAGGCUCCCAGGCAUCUGGAUGCAUGUUGCCGGUGUUCUCUUGAAAGUAGUGACGUCUCAUAUCAGUGGGUGAGGCUCAUUAGCUCAGCAAGAACUGCACCAGCAUAGCUCACACUCACGAUGCAACAUUUAGACAUUCUGUAUCCUGUGUUACACAAAGCAUCUCUGGAUUUUAUUUAAAAUGGAUCAAAGCACAUGUUUUUUUUAUUUAAUUUUAUUGUGUGCGUGUGUGUGGCGCUUCAGAAGAUUUACGUUCUUUGGUCGCGACUCAUUCAUUGCGCUGUCGAGUGUCCCUUCAGGUAGACUCCUAUAAUGAUCUCUAUACAGUCUGUCUCUUAUUUCCUGCUUUCCUGUGUGUGAUGCAACUUUAUUGUACAUAUUUAUCCUGACAUGUUUCAUAUACUUGCAUCAGAAAUAAAGGUUUAUACUCCAGGUUUGUUCGUAAGGGUUGUAAAUAUGACACUACAGAUCAACUUGAACAUCAGGAAGUAAUGGAAAUCUUAAUUGUGUAUUUAAAAGGGGUACAUUAAGUUGAGUGAAUACUUUUUUUUUUUUUUUGGUUGUCUAAUGAAAAUAAGUUACAUUACAGGUUAUAUUGUACUAAAACCUGAGUUUCAUCAUCUUGAUUUGUCUGCUGACUUUGCAUUGAACUCAACCGGACCACAUUUUGAUUCAGUUAACACACAGGGCUGCC